CACGAUCGGGACUCUGUAUUCCUCUCCUAUAGGCGCGUCGUCUUCAUCCAGUUUCCUCCAAUAUGGAUCAAGCUAGAUUAAUAAGCGCAUGACGCGAUAAUUUUUUUUCCGAUAUCAUUCCCGUGGUCUCUCGUGAGGCGCUCGGUCUGCGUGUACGAGUCUGCGGCCAGACCACACCGGGUCGUGUUGUGAACCUUAUCGCCCGUGUCGUUGUGACGAUGUCGCGCGAAAUUCCAUCUCAGUGCAAUGGGCUCCCGACUUGGGAUCUGCUCGAGUCUCCUCAAGAAUCCUACCGACCGCGCGACAAGUCUCGGGAGGCCCCUCUGCUCUUAUUUGAUAAGACAGACUUUCAGCACUUCGCUCGGAUCACCUACGACUUACCUGACGAUAUUCAGUUGAAAGCAUCGGUUAACGACUUUCGCGUUAACGAUAAAAACUGUCACUACGACUGGUCCAAUUGGUACGGACAUAUCAACACAAGUGUAUCCGCGGAAUUAUAUCCACAGGCAAAACUGGCCAAGACAAACCAGCGGCAACUGUUCCGCAAGGAUAUGUCCGAAGAAAGCGCCGAUCCCUUUAGCAGCGAAACGAUCGAACGGAACAUUGCGGAAUACUUAGAGAAAGAAGUGUGUUUCGAUGAUAACGAUGAAAUACCGGUCUACAACGACUCGGCGAACCACAUGGAAGUGGAGGAGUCCCACUUUGUAGAAAAGGAUAUCGUGCAGGAGGAUCCCGUGGCAGAUUCCCCAGAGAAAGAUUCUUCAGAGGAAGAUGCCACAGAUGAGGAGGUACUGGAGAUACUGGACAGGCAGCCAAAGAGCUAUGAGCAAGUGAAGGAGGGUCUUCGAUCACUUGUUCCGAAACGUCCGACGACAAUGAGGGUCAACUCCGGCCACUACGCGGGCUUUAAACUGCUCUUCUCUCUGGUAGUUUCAUUAUGCGUAAUCCUCAUUUCUUUCAUGGCUCGGGAACAGAGUUAUCAGCACAGUACCCUUUUCGCAAACGUCACGGUCGAGCUGAAGAAACGAGUGUACGGUCAGGACCGAGCCAUGCAAGCUGUGGGGGAUUACCUUCGGCUGGACGAGCCCACUUUGAAGAUAAUCGCUCUCGUGGGCGGCACAGGCGUCGGCAAAUCUUACACGGUCUCGAUCGUAGAGAGUAAUUUCCCGAAAUACUCUGUCCGCCGAUAUUUCUCGCCGAUCAGCAUGACCAUGAACAACGUCAGCUUUUCGUUCUUGUACCCGAAACUAAUUGUCUUAGAGAAUCUGAAAGAGCACGACUUGCCGGACGUUGUGAAUUUCUUGAAGACGCGCGAGCAAGUGGACGUCAAUCAGUACAUCACCGUGUUGGCUGUGUUCAACGUCGAGCACAUGGACAACGAUUCAAUACGUACGAUAGAUCUCGAUCGGAGCACGGAGGCGAUAAGGAAUUCCUUCGCCGGCGAAAAUCUCGACGUCAAAGUCAUCGUUUACGAGCCUUUGAGUGAAGAUGUUCUCGAGAAGUGCAUCGCCGACGCGGCGCGUGAUAGCAAAGUGACGCUUUCCAACGGAGAUGUUGAGUUCCUCAAGAAACACUUGGCGAUUAAUAACGCUGGUUGCAAAGGAGCCUACAGGAAGGUUCAGGUUAUCGGUAGAAAAUAAAAGGGAUGAUCUUGGGCGCGAGUCGUUUGAAGGCGCGAAAAUAUUAAAAUAUUAUAUAUUAAAGAACGACUACGACUGACGCGAGAAUACUUUUUUCACAACGUCGCGAAAAUAUCCAUAUAUAUGUAACUUUUAUCGUUCACACAUAUUGUUAUUCUUUUUUCAACAUAUUCCGACGACAUUGAGACUACGAAUAGUUCCUAUCGCGAGCGAGCGCGUAUAUGAUCUCCUCCAGGGCGCGUGAAUGAUCUCCUCUUCGAGGCAUGUUUCCGCACGCCCAUUUGAUCAGUUCGCCGCUCGGAUUUGCUGAUUUCUGAUUCGAGGAAUAAUUUCCCGAUAAUUAACGUCGCGAGAAUGGGACGUGCCAGCGGCCGCUGAUUCAAUUUCGCGGUGAAAGCACAGAACUCUCGCACACGUAAGUGUCACGGUAUGUUAGUAAGAAGCGCGCAAUGAAAUUUCUACGCGCGUCGCAUCGCUUCCGGAUCAUCGCAGGGCGGACGUGCCUCUCGGUACGAUUCUCCGCAGGAGAUAAUGAUCACGGGGUGCGUUCGGCGCGUAUCCGGCGAAACCCGGUAAUCGGCGUGAUGCGAUCACGCGCGGUUAGACGAAGUCGACGUUGAUUGGGACUCCUGGAUUAGGAAAUGUAACAUUCAGAAAAGCUAGGAAAACUCUGUCCUCAUCCACCUGUGCAAUCGUGCUUGGAACCGAUGGCGACGAUGCGAGUGACUGCGGUGCGUUGCGUUGCGUGUGGUUAGCUUCAUAAUGACACGUGAUCGAAGCGUAAGCGUUACAACCGUCGUGUUACGUUGUUAUCCGGCGAUCGUUCUUACGCAAGGAAGAAGAACCGUUCAAUCGUGUAGUUUUUUAUCUUCCCUCUUCGUAAUAAUCACAAUAAGUGAUUGGAACGAAUAAGUUUAACUUGCGAAGUCCACCUUUCGGAGAUCGGACGAGCGAGCAGUCGAGAGAAUUAUAUUAUAUUUUUAAGAUAUACGACGUAUAUUCACAUAUAUUUUCUACAUGCAUAUGUGUAUUCUUCAUACACACAUGUAUUUAAAAAUAGGUAUUUAAAAAUAUUUGAGACGUGAAAAUAUAAUUCUUUAAUCGUGGAUCGGCGAAAGUGGACUCAAGAAGCGAAAGAUGUGAAAUCGGUUAAGCGACGCAUUGACUGAUCAUCUGAUUGUUAUAGAUCUAAAGAAGAUCCAAGUGCCAAAAAUGCGAUUAACUCAAAGUUAAUGUUUUGUUCGUACUCGAAGUGCCGUGAACAUUGGUAAAUAGCGUACAAUCUUGUUGAGUAUAUGCAGAUCAUAUGUGGGUUUCUAUUUAUUUUUUAUUUUUUUUUCUAAUUCUAGGUUAAAUUUCUGCGUGAUAUAACGAGCUUCCGAGUUCCGAUUUCUUGAAAACCACGUUGCUCAAUUUUGCUCUUUCUUUAAGUUGUAAGUGAUACAUCGUAAUUAACGGAACAAAGACGCCCUACCUAUAGUUUUAUAUAUUCGUAAAUCUUUUCAAUAAAAUUUUUUUUAUAUUGAGACGUAAA